AUGACGUUGUUUAAUGACGUUGCUUAUAAUGACAUUGCUAUUGUAACGUUUCCUAUUAAGAAAGUAGAAGCAAUAUGUGGGGAGCUUUGUAGUAUAAACGUACCAUGCCCCAAAUCAGCUUGCGGCUUUUGUACUCCACAAGGGUACAUUGGUGUUUGCAUCCCUGGAUCAUAUAAAGAUGCUAUGAAGAUGGUUGGCGAAAAUUUUAUAUGUCAGAAUGAUGCUGAAUGUAAGAACAAGGGAUCUAGGAACGUUUGUGUUCGUUUUCCUAAAGCUGAUGUGGAGUAUGGUGUGUGCGCUGAUUCUAUAUCUGAGGCAGAAAACUUAAUCUUCAAAGAUUUUCUCUAA